AUGCCGAAGCUCUUAGAUCUACUCCACGAGGCGAUUGAAAAGAAGGUACCUCAAAAGUCGUUUAUACUACUACUGGCACUAUGCACGCCUAUCACUGAUGACGAGAUUGUGCAUAUAUUUCAAUCACCACUCAACGACGAACAAGUGCGCCUUUUCGUGUAUUGGACAAUGAGUUCAGCAUCAAAUUGCCAAACUUUUUGGACCAACUUGGGAAAAGUCGAAGAUGGAAUUCAAGUGAGAUAUUUGCAAGAGGUGAGAAGAGAGUUCAACCAUCAAUCUUUUGUGUAUGAAGAAUUUACAAAAUACGCCAUUGAUUAUUUAAAUAGCAGCACUGUUUCUUCUGACGUUGUCAACGAGCUUGUACACUUUCUAGGCCUUACAAAGGAUUACUCGUCCAGUGAAUUUAUUGAAUUGUUCAAGUUGAUCAAGAAAAGUGGAUACAACUUGCAGCAGGCUACAAGAGGUGUAUUGACAUCUGAACAAUUGAGUCAUUUGGCUGAUCUAAAUUUGAUCGAAUCAGAGAGUGUCGAAGAUACGCCAGAAAUUGGGGUUUCAUUAGACGUGACCAAUAAGCUAGACACCUAUCUCGAGGUGAAACGGAAACUUUGGUUAUAUCAAUUAACUCGUGACUUUAACAAGUUACAACUCUAUGAAGAUGCUGGUAAAUUUUUGACUCAUUUCAGGUCGUAUGUUGUGAAUCAAGAAAAUAAAAAAGUGGCAGAGACUUUAGUGCUGCUGUUUCCGUUGAAUACUCAGGGAUUCCACUUGUUCAAUGUUGAAAACUUUAUCCUGACCAGAGUGCCAACGAUCUUGCAAGAACUAGGUGUGGAAAUAGAUCAAUUGAGCGUGCCUGAUGAAGUCAAGCAAUUGUUUAUAUCCAAAACAGAUCCGGAUUUGAAGAGAUUGCAAGACUUGGUAAAUACUGAUCCCGAGUUUACUUCGUUUGAGGAGAGUGGGUUGGUCGAGUUUGUUACUGAAUUAUCUAAAAGGGGCUCGCAGAAGGUCGUAAGUGAGAUUAUAUUGGACAAUAUGAGAGGAUUUAUACGCGCAAAGCAAUUAGAAAAGUUGCAUCGAUUAUUGCUUGCUCUUCUGAACAAUGUCGAGAUGGUAAACAUCAUUUUGUUUCAUACAAAUUUGUCAUUAUUGUACAUAUUGAUAGAUUAUGUUGAUUUUGAGACAUUCACAAUUGGUCCAGAUGAUGACUUUCAAGAUAUUUAUUCAUAUUGUGGUGUUGGCGUACUCAGUAUUCUAUUAAUUCUCGAAGUUUUCCAAAUCGACUUGUCAAAAUUAGAGCUAAAUUCCUAUUCUGUCGGUUUUGUGAAUAACUUUUACUAUCGAUUGGGUGAUAAUCUUACCAACAACACUCCAUUAGAAAAGGAUGAAGAUGACUUAACAAUUAUAGGAAACUACAACAAUUUGGUGAAUGAAUGGAUCAAUGCACUUUUCGACGAUUCAAAUGAUGGACUUUCGGACGAAUUAAUGAAGAGUUUGAGCAUAAAACAAAUCUACAAGUUGAUGCCCAUAAUAUACAAGCAGGCAAUUAUGGCAACAAGAUUGGGCAAAAUCAACUUUGCAAUAUUGAGUAAUGGGCUAGAUUAUAUAUCUCAGCCAUUCCUUCUACCGGUUACAGCGUGUCUUAUCAAAUGGAUGACAAGGAAUAGCAACGAUUCAAAAUUGUACAACCAAGUGAUUACAGAGUUGGUAAAAUCAAUUGUUGGUCAAGAUUCAAACAUAUUGUCCAGAAUUAUUUUGAACAUUUGUGGCAACGAUGUAAACAAAGUUGUUACCAAUGAAAACAUCAAACAGUAUAUUCAUUAUGUGCACGGAGAAAAAAAUGAUCAAUAUAGGCCAAUAGUUUGGGAAAAAGUCAAGUUUACUUCUAGUUUUGAACAAUUUGACCUUUUAUUGAAGAAUAAACGUGAUACAAUAUUUUAUAUGAUCCAAGAGCUGUACACAUUCCAAGAAACAAAGGACGAAAACAGCAAACUUUUCAUUAAUUUACUAGUUUCAAUUGCUAUUUCCGAUUCGAUUGAAGAUAGAGGCGAUGCGACGUACUGGAAGCAAGAAUUGAAUAAAGCAUUAGAUUCACCCACUUCAGGUCGCAAUGGUGAUAAAUCAUUUUUGUGCACCUUGGAUUACCAUUAUUCGUCUAUUUUUAACGACGAUGUCGACAAGACCAAUGAUGACAUGGACAAUGGUCUCCCUAGUUCCAACAAUAAUGAUGAUGAAGAAGGCGACAUCAAAAUGGAUGUGCCUACUAGUGAGGAGUUGAAAAUAGCACAACGUCAAUUAAUUCUACAGGAUAGCUUGCUUGCGCAUUUUAAAAGGAUCAAGGACAAGACAAACCAUACAAACUUAUUUUACAAAACAGUGAGACUUUUAACUGACAGGAUCUUGGAAGAACUUGACACUUGGAGUUAA